AUGCGGAUAUCUAUUUACGAUAGAGUAUUCACUUCGCAUACGCAUGAGGUGCGGGCGCUCACGACAGCUCAAACGUUUCACGACUGGUUUACAGUUCUGUCGCGGGCCGGUUAUGGCCUACCCGAUGACAGCGCUAUUACAUUCACCCAAGGUGAUCACCGUAGCGAUACUAUCAUUUCGUUCUGCAAACCAUAUCGUGUCCUGGCUAUCGUUGAUUGGGAAAAGUCUGGUUAG